UACGACGUAGUGCAGUUAUCGAGAACAGCCUUCACACGUUUGAACGUAUCGACUUCUCGUUAUGUCGAAACGAAAACGAUGUAAUAAAGAAAAUUAUAUUUUUCCGUACCUCCUAGUUAGUGGUGGGUGAAAGAAGGCGGUGUGCCGGAUCAGCGAGGAAGAGCGUAGCUGAGCAAUCUGAUUCGUUUCUAAGUCGGUCCAAGUCAGUUCGCCGAGCAAAACAUGGACGCCGUAACGAUACAUACGUCGGAUCCGCCGCAGGGCGAGGACGCGAUCACGUCCGCUAUGAAGAUAUGCCGCGUCUGUCUGCUCGACAAUCUGAUGAUGCGCGAUCUCUUCGCAGAGAGCGAGGUCGCGUCCCUAUCCGUGAAGGCGAUGAGCUUCGCCAACGUUAAGAUGUUACCAGGCGACGGUUUACCGACACAGGUGUGCUGUAUGUGCGUCGACAAGUUGGAAUCGGCAUACGAGUUUAAGUUACAAGUGGAGCAAGCUGACAACGUUCUUCGAGAAAGGCUUAUGGGAGGACUAAUAAAGGACGAAUUAUUUCUUAAUGAGGUUGAAAUACACUUGGAUGCUGAGAAGAAUAAUGGUUUGGAAGAGAUGAAUGACAGUGCUGAUUAUGAAUCUACUGAUACAUUGCCAAUUGAAACAGAAACUGACAAGAACUUUCUGAAAAGUCAAUUAAUGAUUUUGGAAGCUGAAAAAUUGGCAGAGACAGAUGGUAUGCAACAAGAUACAGAACAAGAUAACUUGCAAGAAAGCAUUGAGGAAGAAUUGCAGCAAGAAUUAGCCAGCUCGGAAGACAAUGAUAUGUCAGAUGCUAUCGAUGAAUCUAGGGAUGAAGUAUCUUCCAACAACAAGAAUAUUAUUCGAAGUUGCACAGAUGCAAUUCCAACAGAUGAACAUAAUUAUAUAAUGCAGCAACAGUGUAUUAUUUUGCAUACUGAACAAUUCUCCUUCCAUAAAAAAAUGCAGGAGACCGUACCAGAAUUUAAACACGAUAUAACGAAAUACAAAGAGUCGCUAUCUGAACAAAAUCAAGAAAAUCAAUCUGAGCAAAACCAAGAGAUUCAGGUUGAACAAAAUCAAGAAAUUCCAACUCAGCAAAUCCACGAGACUCUAGCUGAGCAAACUGAAGAGACUCCAGUUCAAAAUGUUCAAGCUGAACAGGAGAAUCAAACUGAACAAAAUCAAAAUAAAAAAAUGGAAUUAUUACAGAAUGAAGUAUUAAAAAAUGAUACUAAUGAGCCAGUCAUGGAACAAGAAUCACCUCAGAAUGAAACUAGAAGAAGUAAACGUAGAUUGGUUCGUCGGACAUUCACCGAGCGGGAUUCCGAUGAGGAGAAUUACUUUGAAAAUUUGAAUCUCAGUUCACGAUUGAAAAAAGCGCAGGCAGAUAAGACAGAGAAGAUCUUUUUCAUGUGUUACUUGUGCGAUAAACAGUUUCUUUCAAAGAGCGUCUUGAAAGAGCAUAUGCAUUCCCAUGAAGAAGUAAGGAAAACAUUGUCUCUGAAGAAAACGCCGGAGAAACCGCAGAAGGUGCAGACCAGCGUUUCAGCCGUGAAAACGCCGCCAUCAGGAAAGAAAGCCAACAAGUGCCCUUAUUGUGGUAAAGAGUAUCUGUACAUAAUCUCGUUUACUAAACACAUUAAACAACACGAGCGAGAGCGGCAGGAAGCGAAGGAAGAUCCGAUGUCGUUUGAGAUGUUUUAUGAGGAUGAGUACAGUCUAGACUUAGAUAACGACAACAAAUCGGAUGUUGAAUGUAGAAAACGAAAGAGAGGAAGUAUAGUCGACGAUGUCGCGAGCGACAAUGAUCAGGAUAAGAGAAGAAAGCGUAGUCUUAUUGAGGAGUUUGCGUGUAACAAAUGUCUAGAAAAAUUCGAUACAAAGCGAGGAUUGCAAAAGCAUUUGCUCACGCAUGUUAGCUUCAAGUGCAGCGUGUGCAACGAGGAAUACGACACUCUAGAACAACUAAAAAAUCAUCGAACAACGCAUGUAGUCGAAGGCGUACUCACUGAGCAAGACUUGGAAGAAGACAUGAAGCAAAUGGCCAAGUGCGAGGAGAAUGAUGACAACCGCAAGAACAUCAAAGAUGAAGAGAACAGUGAAUCCGCCGAAAUCACGAAGGAACUAAAGUGUCCGACGUGUUCAAUAACAUUUUCACGCAAGAAAGCGCUCUCCAGACACAUAGAGACAAUACACUCCGACACCCAUUCUUACGAAUGCAAGAUAUGCUGUCAACAAUUUACACGGAAGGAUUUCCUACGCAGGCAUGCCGAGCAGCAUGCACGAGUGAAGACUUACAAAUGUACCCAAUGUAACAAGACCUUCGGCAACGAGCUCACGUUGAGAAAUCACCUGGUUGCCACAAAUCACAAGACAUUUAUACAGGGACAGGAAUACGAUCCCAACAAGCGUAUAAAGCGCGUGGCGGCAAGAGCAGCACAGAAGAUCAUCGACAAGAUCAAGACUGAAGACGGUCUCGAAGAUUACGACGAUGAUAACGAUGAUAAUACCGAUUACGACGUCAAAUUGGACGGGCAUUAUCGCCGUAAGCGCGACGCUACACCAAAGAAGUACAGUUAUAAGAAGGAAUUUGAGUGUGCAACCUGUAAUAAAAGGUACAGCUCGAAGCAAGCGUUGACGAGGCACAUGGAGCAACAUGUAAAGGAGGAAAAGGCAGAGAAAGCAGUGGAGAAGGCGGCGGAGAAGCAGAAGAAGACCGCUUUAGAGAAGAAGGAAGCGCACAAGAGCAACACGGGCGAUAACGAUGACGACGAUAACAACUCCGACUUUGAAAGUGGUCUUGAUUGGCCAGUAGACAGCCAUGAAUGCACCACGUGCAAGAAGCAAUACAGUACGAAGAAGUCGUUACUGCGCCAUCAACUACUACAUGAAGAGCCAAAUUUCGAGUGCGAUAUCUGCAAUAUCAAGUUCUAUCGUAAAGACAAACUGAAGGCGCACUACGAUAAAUGCUCGGAAAAGAAUCCUGAUCAGGUGAGGAAGUGCAACAUCUGCGGCGACAGUUUCGAAAACAAUGAGAUUCUGCGCGAGCACAGAGCCAAGCACGUCACCGAGGGUAUCCUAACGGAGGAGGAUCUGAGAGACACCGAGCCAAAAUCCGAAGAAAAGAGACUAAAUGAUAAAAUGACCCGGAAGAGGAGGACCGAUAUUGUAGGGCUCGAAUGUACCGAAUGCAACAAACAAUAUACCUCUAGGAAGGGCUUGCUGCGACACAUUCAGGUUCACGAGGGCAAGAAGUACCUAUGUGAAAUAUGCCCAAAGAAAUUCUAUCGGCGAGAACAUCUGAAGAUUCACGUGGCAAAACACAACAUGAUUAAACCAUACAAGUGCACUCGUUGCUCCAAACGUUUCAUUAAGGAGGAGCAGCUCAAUAAUCACCUACCUAAGCAUGAUCGCACUUUUAAGAAGAACAAGGAGACCGACAGCUCGAAGAGAUUCCUCUGUGAGAUCUGCAGCAAGAGCUUUACGCAGUCGACAACGCUGCUAGCGCAUCUGCGCGCUCAUAAGGGUAUCAAACCGUAUGUGUGCGAAGUAUGCUCCAGGCCAUUCACCACUAAUGCCUACUUGAAGAUGCAUAUGCGCACGCAUACGCAGGAACGUCCGUACAUCUGCCAAUAUUGUUCGCGAGCGUUUGCCCGUGCCGACACCUUGGCUAAUCACCUGACGUCGCACACUGGCGAAGCCAAGUACCACUGCAAGUGCUGUCCGAAGAACUUUCGGCGAUUGAAAUCAUUGAAGGAGCACAUGUUUAUUCAUACGGGUCAACGACCUUACGAGUGUCCAACUUGCGACAGGAAGUUCAACAAUAACGGCAGUCGCUACGCGCACAGCAAGCGCUGCAAACAGAAUCUUUUGCAGAAUCAGAACCGGGCGCAACAGGUGAUCCAGCAGACACAGCAGCAACAGCAACAGCAACAACAACAACAACAACAACAACAACAUCAACCACAGCAAGUGCAAAUACAGGUGCAGCCAGAACCGCAUCCAAUUAGGUUGCAUCAAACCACGAUCGGCCAAGCACAAGUAAUCAAGGCGCAAAACAUCAAAACAAUCGCUAUAGCGAGACAAGCUGAGCCUACGGUAACCACGCAACAUCAGGUUAUGCAGCAUCAGGAAAUACUAAUGCCUUUAAUCCUACCACUUACCGUUACUCUUGCUGAUGUAGGCGAAGAGGUGAUACUACCUGAAGGUACAAAAAUAUUUACCACUUCUUAAUCGAGCCAUCUUUUUCGUAUUUGAUUAUAAUAUGGAAAGAAAGGGACAUACUACUUGUGAAAAACUAUCUCGAUGAUACUUCUUCAAUGAUGAAUGACUUGAAGUUUUGUUCUCCUAACACCCUGUGACUAUCAUUUUCAUUCCCACAAUUCCUUAUACGCACGGAAAAUCUCGAAAUGACAAUGAAGUAGCUCACGUUAUUGAGGGAUUUUCUUGUAUAUUGGAUAAAAAAAGGGUACGAUGCUCCACUAGGUGAUAGAAAAGGGUACGAUAAAUAUAUGAAUUUAAGAGACAGAGUAUCAUUUUGAUUAUGUAUAAAACGUUAUAUUGAAGUUUAUUUUUACAACGGUGAAGGCGUUAAUAAGCGAUACAUAUGUAUAAUUUGUCUGGAAGUUUUAAGAUAUAUGUACUAGCAUAUUUCAUAUGUAAUAGCGUGUAUUACUGGGAAUGAAUAGUGUAAACGUCUUUGACAAAUUCUGAGAAGACAGGAAAAGACAGAUGUCUUUGUUAUGAAUGUGUUGUACAUGUAAUAUAGAUUUUCUUUAAGAGAUAUGGAUAAGGUAGGUUUUAAAUACUUAAAAAGCUCUUAAUGUAUUAAAUAUUAGAUUUACUUUCACUUAGUUUGUUCUUCCAGAGAUCUUUC